UUUGUAAAGAAAAUGAUAUUUCAAAUUGACUACAACUCCCAAAAGUCUAGGAUAUCCUCUCGCAAUCAUGUGGUUGUAAGGUUGAAAUUUGAAAGUGAAUUUAUGUAUACUACUGUAACCUACUAUAGAUGCGGAUGUAGGCUUCUGUAUUACACAGCCGGGAGCAUUACAAAGUGGUUUGGUCGAAGGGUUUUACAUGUACCACACUAAGUCUGUAUUUUAAUAGGGUAGUUAUUUUCACCAUUAAAAUGUUUACUUCCCUAGACCAGCACAUGCGAUUUAGCACAGAAUUGCUCGUGUUCGAUGUAUUAUUGAUACUGACUAUUUUAACAAUAUGGUUGUUCAGAACACGGCAGAUUAGGUGUAUGCACGAAACUGGCGGAGCUAUGCUUUAUGGUUUGAUUCUGGGUUUAACUCUGAAAUAUACUGGCAGUCAGUGGAACCAUGAGGCUGGGGAUGUUCAUGGCUGUGAAAGUCUAAACCACACCUCACCUCACCUGGCUGCCAACACUACAGUGGACCAUGACAGGCACAAGCAUGUUGGCAUGAUGGCCUUUGCCCCAGAAGUCUUCUUCAAUUUGUUUCUGCCGCCCAUCAUAUUUCAAGGAGCCUACAGUUUAAACCAGAGGCAUUUCUUCCAGAAUUCUGGCUCUGUGUUGACCUUUGCUUUUUUGGGAACUGUCAUCUCCUCUGCAGUUGUAGGGGCCAGCAUGUACGGCUUCGUGAAGCUGAUGGUGCUCCUGGGUCAGGCGGGAGCCGGCGAUUUCCUCCUGACAGACUGCCUCUUCUUCGGGGCGCUGAUAUCGGCCACUGAUCCAGUGACCGUGCUGGCCAUCUUCACUGAGCUGCGCGUGGACUCCGACCUCUACAUCCUGCUGUUUGGGGAGAGCGUGCUGAAUGAUGCCGUGGCCAUCGUCCUGACCUAUGCCAUAUCGACCUACAGUCAGUCGGGGGGGCAUCACUCCUUCAGUGCAUCUGCUUUCUUUCUCUCCAUCGGUCAUUUCAUCGCAGUGUUCAUUGGCUCCGUCUUCAUCGGCUUCUCUUUUACCAUCAUCACUGCCCUGUUGACCAAGUUCACAAGGCUGUCUGACUUCCCACUAUUGGAGACAGGCCUAUUCUUCCUCCUCUCCUGGAGUGCCUUCCUGUCAGCAGAGGCCUGUGGGAUGACGGGCAUUGUGGCCGUGCUGUUCUGUGGGAUCACGCAGGCUCGCUACACCUUCCACAACCUGAGCGCUGAGGCCAGAACCAGGACCAAACAGCUCUUUGAAUUCUUGAACUUCCUUGGAGAAAAUUUCAUUUUCUGCUACAUGGGCCUGGCGCUGUUCACAUUCCAGAUUAAUGACUUCAAAGGCAUCUUCAUAUUGGGGGCUUUUCUCUCCAUCUUCCUGGCAAGGGCGUGCAACAUCUACCCGCUGUCUUUCCUGCUCAACCUCGGCCGCAGGGAGAAGAUCCCUCUCAACAUUCAGCACAUGAUGAUGUUUUCAGGUUUGCGUGGCGCGGUGGCCUUUGCCCUGGCGGUGAGGGACACCUGCACCAUCGCCCGCCGGACCAUUCUGAGCACCACCCUCCUGCUGGUCCUCUUCACCGUCUGGGUGCUGGGCGGUGGCACCUGCCCAAUGCUGGCCUGGCUGGACAUCAGAGUGGGAGUAGAUCCUGAUGAAGACAAAGUGGGACAGGCCUCACACCAGACUGCCGGGGAGGGGACGCCAGCGUAUGCGGCCAACACAGCUGACACCCAGACCCCAGCCUCCCACACACCUGGAGUCUGGUACAACCUGGACAAAAUUUACGUUAGGCCUGCACUGACCCACUCUGGCCCUCCCCUGACCUCUACGCUGCCAUCGUGGUGUGCACCUCUGGGAAAACUACUGACCAGUCCACAAGCAUACGAGAACAUGGAGCGGCUAAAUGACGUGGGGGCCGGCUGCAGCUCGGUGAAGCUGGACAAUGCAGGGGAAGAUGGAAGGGCAACAGAGGGCGAUGCAGAGAUGGUCACUGAGCCUGCACACCAAGAUGACCUACUAGAGGGGGACCUCGGGCUGGGACACAGUGCUGACCCCGUUUGGAAAGAGUGACAGCCACGUCCAUUAACGAGAGCAAUCAGGAACAGCGCUCCUCCCUGAAGAGGUAGCAGAGAGAACCAAAAUCCAGCAUUCCAGGGACCGGAUGUGGGCUUGUGGGCAGCAGCCUCUCAAUGCUAUUUUAAAGUUAAUAAUAUUAGCAGGGAUUUUCUGAUUUGUGCCUUGUAUAUUUAUGGGACUGUAUGCAUGUGUGUGUGCAUGUGUGUGAGUGAGUAAUAUUUUUAUAUAUUUUUUCCCACGGCGUGCAGGAACUGGCGCCGUGGGCUAUGCAUGGCAAAUUGUGGUCACUCACUCACGGACAACCUUUGAGGGACGUUUUGUGGGACGCAUGCGCAGGUGGUGCCAGCUAAAAUGUGUCUGCGGAAGUGAGUCGCGCCGUGGGUCUGGACGGUUCCGUGGUUGUUAUAGAUUUCUUUCCCUACUCUAAGCCAAACAAAUGGUAUAUUCCUAUAGGAUUCAUCAGAAAUUGCCAUGUUCUUAUAGUUCUUGUAAAAUAUUUAUUGAACAUUUCUCCUGCUUUCAUAAAUAAUUUAAAUUUAUUCCAUUGAAUUUAGCAGCUAUUGUUAGUUUAGUCCUUAUUUUACUUAGAAAUUGUGCAAAAUAUUAGCAGUAUCUGUGGGGUUUAUGUUUAUCACAUCAAAUUUCACAACAAAUUUGUUUUGUUCACCUUCUUAAUAAAAGUGGUUGCCAUCAA